AUGGAAACUUAAUCAUAUUCCCCAAUGUUGGAUAGAGUUAUGGCUCAAGAAAUCCAAUCAGUUAGUUGGAGUAAGACAAUGGAUGUUUGUGCAAUCCUCUAUGUUAAUAACCAAUUGGAAAUAUGCAGAGUGAGUGAAUAAUUGUAAAGGAUGUUCAUAAUCCAGGAGGACGAUGCCAUUAGCAAUAUAAUAGUGGAAAGUAUGUUUCUGGCUUACAAUGUUGGAAAUAAAUUAUACUUCUAUCACUUGGCUUCUCAUUAAAAAAUCAUUCAAUCCACUCUAAUCAAGAAUUCAGAUAAAAUCACCUAGAUGCUUCUUGUGUAAGUGAAUGCAAAAAUAAUUAAAGAGCAGGAAUUAUAAGCAGCCAUAAUUCCAUUAUCGACCACAAACUUGUAAUUUUCAUACUUAAUUAUUAGGAAAAAUUGGCAAAAUCUUUGCUUUCUAAAAUAACAAUAGAUAAACAAUAUCAUAUUCUCAUUAACUAAUAAGUAAAUUGCCUAUAAUUUUAAUGGGAUUCUACAUUUAGGAGAAAUCGAACAUUCAAGCACAACAUAAUUAUUCCAAUUAGAAAAUGAGUUGCAUUGUUUUUCAAAAUAGUUUGUUGAAAUUUACGAUAUUGGCUUAUUGAAACAUCAAUAAAUUUUAAAAUACAUUUAAUAAUUGAGCUACUUAAAUGAAUUACUUUGUUUUUUGAAAACAUCAAUUCUCUUAAUCAACACCCAAUUACAAGACAUCUUCAAAUGCUAUCAAUUGAACAUAAUAGGUCCUUUGGUAGCUUUUGGACCUCAAGAAACAAUCAAUUAUCACAUUUUGCAAUUUUAUCAAAAGGGAAAUUGCCCUCAAGAACUUGUUCAAUUCUUUUAGAAGGAACUCUACAAUACAAAAAUAUUGUAGAAAAUGGAUGAUAAUAUCACAAACAGCUUCAAUAACAUUUAAGAAAUAAUAUAGGACUCAUUGAUGAAUGUGUUAUCUAGAAUUUUAAUUAUCAUCAACUUCUUUAUUUAAUCAAAGAACAUGCCCUUUUAUUAAGGAUUGCAUAAAACUCCUUUUGAAGAAUUAUAGGAAACAAUUUAAAAGAUUUAAAAAGUGUUUAGCAGAUUUUAAAUUGAAUGUCAUUAGACUAAGUUACACUUGAGAAACUUCUUUGUUUGGCUAAAUUUAUGCGCAAUUAAGGCUGGAAAUGAGUAAGAAGUGGAAUGCGAGAAUGUUAACUCUCCUCUCAAUAAAAUAGAAGUAGAUCUGUCAAAAUUAUUUGAUUUCUUAAAGGAUAACCAUUUAUUUUAGUUAAGAAAUCUGUAAUGCUUCUAUUAAGAAAAAAUAACACCAAAAACAUUUUUUACUAAAGUAGUUGUGUAGAAAAACGUGGAGUUCAAAUAAACAGAAAAUGUUACAAAGAUUUUAAAGAAUGUCUUUAGAGAUAGUUAUAUAGACAACAUUUAAUAAAAACAAAAUAAAAUAGAAUAAGAGGAUCCUUUUGUAACUGUCAACUCAUUAGUUCGCUAAUUGUAAAAUUAUUUAGAUAAGAUAUCCAUCAACUUGAAGCCUCAACUUAUAAACAAAAUCAACAUUGAUCUGUCAAGUUCAAUAAUCAGAUUUUCUGAGCAAUCCGAAAAUUCAUACAUGGUAUCUGUUUUAAUAAACAAUUCAAUUGUUUAAUAUACAUAUUAAUAAAAGAGUUUUUAACAAAUACAUUAGAUUCAAUUCAACAAUAAAUAUAUCAAGGAACUAUAAUACUUUGAUGGAAAACUUAUCAUUUUGAGUACAAACCAUUAAGACAAUUAAAUUUAAUAGUAAUUAACAGCAUACAUUUCAUCAGAAGAUUUGGAAACUCUAAAUAAAUUUGAAUGCCACUCAAUCAAAGAUCUGUAAGUAAGCAAGAAAGGACUAAUAUCAAUAAUUAUAGAUUCUAAAAAAUUAAUUAUUCUUUCCAUUUGA